GCAGGGAAGGGGGCGGGAAGCAGAGAUAGGGGGGCGCUCUCUAGCUUCCUGAUUGGCCCUCGCGCGUGACGAGCGGGCGGGGGAGCCGCGCGGACCGCCAUUGGGCGACUUGGUUUUGAAGGCGGCCUUGCCGCGCGGCUCUGAUUGGCUAAGGCCGCGGAGCUCGCGCUCUAUCCGUCCGUUGGCUGGCAUUUCUCUCGCUCUAUGUGUGUGUGAGGGAUAGGGAGGAAGGGGGGGGGGCCCCCGACGCGGAUGCCGACGCCAGACGGAAGCGGGGCCUAGGCGGAGCGGAGGGAGGAGGCGGAAGGGACCGACUGGCGGCUGCCCUCGCCCUACCCGGCGCGCGCCCCUGUCUGCGGAAGAUUGUCUCCUGUCCGGCCCGGCGCUGCUCUUUCGGCACUGAGGGGCGAGGCGGAUGGCGGCAACAUCCGGGGCCUCCGGGGCGGCGGUCGUCGUAGCGGCGGCGGCGGUGGCAGGCGCUGGGUCUGGCGCGGCCCCGGCUCUCUACGCCUGCACCAAAUGCAACCAGCGCUACCCUUUCGAGGAACUCUCCCAGGGACAGCAGCUCUGCAAGGAAUGUCGCAUUGCACAUCCCAUCGUAAAAUGUACUUAUUGUCGAUCAGAGUUUCAGCAAGAAAGCAAAACUAACACAAUAUGCAAGAAAUGUGCCCAAAACGUGAAGCAGUUUGGAACACCAAAACCAUGUCAGUACUGUAACAUCAUUGCAGCUUUCAUUGGCACGAAAUGUCAGCGCUGCACAAACUCUGAAAAGAAAUAUGGACCACCUCAAACAUGUGAACAGUGCAAGCAGCAGUGUGCUUUUGAUCGCAAAGAGGAGGGAAGAAGAAAGGUUGAUGGGAAGCUGUUGUGUUGGCUCUGUACUUUGUCCUACAAGAGAGUACUGCAGAAGACUAAGGAACAGAGGAAGAGCUUAGGGUCCUCACAUUCUAAUUCCUCCUCCACAUCUCUUACUGAAAAAGACCAGCAUCAUUUGAAACACCACCACCACCGUCAUCACCACCACCACCACCGUCACAGUGGUGGCCAUCACAAAAUCAGCAGUCUGAGUCCAGAACAAGAUCAGGGAUUAUGGAAACAGAGCCAUAAAUCCUCUGCAGCUAUUCAGAAUGAAACUCCAAAGAAAAAGCCCAAAAUGGAAUCCAAGCCAUCUAAUGGAGAUAGUAGUUCUAUAAAUCAGUCGGCAGACAGUGGAGGUACUGACAAUUUCGUCCUCAUCAGUCAGUUGAAAGAAGAAGUGAUGUCACUGAAACGUCUCUUGCAGCAAAGAGAUCAAACAAUUCUGGAAAAGGAUAAAAAGUUGACAGAGCUGAAGGCAGAUUUUCAGUACCAGGAGUCAAACUUGAGGACAAAGAUGAACAGUAUGGAGAGGGCUCACAAGGAAACUGUAGAACAGCUGCAGGCAAAAAAUAGAGAGCUACUCAAACAGGUUGCAGCAUUAUCAAAGGGCAAGAAGUUCGAUAAGAGUGGAAGUAUGCUGACAUCGCCCUGAAGACCUGACUGCUUGCAUGGGUGUUGAAUAUUCUCAAAAGGUAACUGACUCUGUGGAAACCUCUUAGAAGCCUGUGCAGUAGAGAGAAUAUUUUUGCACACAGAGUAGUUGGCAUGUUUCCUACACCUUUUUGUAACUGAUAAUGCCGUUGAACCUUUUAAAAAAAAAAAAAGUUUAAAUCAAUGGAUGAAAAUACUUCAGCCGGCUUGAAGAAAGCUUUUAAAAACAUUUUUGUACAGGAGGGAACUUUUUGCCAGAAACUGGUGUUCACUAAGAGUGCUCUUGAUCCACAUCAUGCAAUAACAAAUAUGGCUACAAAUAUGAAUGGCAGCAAUUGGAAAGAGCAGUCCACUUAGCACUGCAGUUGUGCAGACUCGUUCAUUUAAAUAAAGUAUUUAUACAGGUCACCUGGGCAAGAACAGGAUUUGCCUGGGAGCUGGGCAAACUCUCACCAAGAAAAAGCCUGUUGGCCAUAUCAAUACUCCAGCAACAACUCAUUCAGAAACACAGGCAGGAGCACUGGAUAGCUGGCAGCUGUGCUUUAUCUUUUGAUCAAAAUAAGAGUACUUUGAAGAUUAAAAUCGUGGUGCUUUUAUUAUAAGAAGCUUAAACCUAUAAAUAUAUGUAAAAGAAUUUUAACAAGUUCUAUUCUUAGUGAUAACUGGUGUUUUGCAUUUCUGGUGAUAGAAAUAUAAAGAGAGAUAAUCUAUUGUAAGUACCAGAACAAAAUGUGUUUUUUGCAAUUUUACUGUAGAAUUUUUCUCUUGCAAGUGCCUUUUCUCCCAGCUGUUUAUUUAUAGGAAUGUUGGUAUUUUGUACAUAAGGUUUUUUAAAUCAUGUUUAAAUGUACGUGUGUGUGUAUAAAUGUAUGUACAGAAGACUCAAAUGCAAAGAUCAAAGUUAGUAGGAUGCUAGAGAAGGUGCUAAAUGGCAGGCAGUUAAUAUUGGCUAUAGAUAACUAACAGAUAUGUCUGUGUAGAGAGUGUUUGUCUUAACUCUUGUUGUGCCUAACUUAAUUUUUUUUUUUUUGGCCACACUAAACUGUAGAGCUUUUAAAACUUAUUUUUUCCUUUGGUCUCAGUGCUAAUUUGCAUUGUAGUUUAAAUGGUGUAUCUUAAAUUAAAUGAUAUAGGAAUGAUAUUUGAGCAAAUUUGACUAUUCAAAUUUCUUUUAAUAUUUCAUUGUAACUUAUAUUGCUAGGGUAAAAUGCCUUUUUAUUUGUACACUUUAGGAAGACAGAAGCCCCAUGUCAAAAUCUUUAUACUCUUCUAAGGGCACAUUCACACUGUUGUGUUGUGGCAGAUAAAAAGGAGCAAAAUAAAUCCUCCCCCACCCCACCGGCAAGUACCAAAUUUUUGCCCUGGACAGUUUGCACUGAGAGUAGACCACACAGCUUCAUUGGCCCAGCUGUCUGCUGGUCACCUGUGUAGUCUAGUCAGGUAGCACCAGUGCAGGUUGACAUGCUGUGUGCACUGUAGGAGUUGAGUGAGCUUUAACAGUGCAUCCCACUCGCCCAUUGUAAGAGCUCUGAGCCCAAGGAAUAGAGCAGGUUAUAAAUCAGCUAUAUGCAAACAUCUCCUUAAAAAUAGUGACUUUCAAACUGUCUUCUGGGGAAUCCUCGGAUUCCAAGGAAGCUUAUUGGUGAGAAGUCUAGCAAUGACAGAAGCUGGCCUGCAAGGCAGCUUGACCUCACCACUAUCAAUUUUUUAACUGCAGGAUGCAGCUGUAGAAGUGGAUUGAAUGUUAUGAGCAUACACUCAAUUCAUGCAAGGCAAGAGUGAAACCCAAAAGGCCAAGCCCCAGCACUGUACAAACUGGUGCUGCAUCCCUGAACAUAUCUGAGAACCUUCUACAGUGCACAUGUGUCCUGCAGCAGACAGGCAGAAGUUCCUCAGCAGGAAGGCCAAUGUUGAAAUAUUCCUUGAAGGUUGACAGUUUGGGACUGACUGCUCUCAAGACUGAGAGUGAGAGAGAGAGAGAGAGAGAUCCUUCCUUCCCUCUUUCUAACUGUGUUGAUGUUUCCUUUGGGAUGAUAAUGCAAAUGAGAAAAGUCAAAGCCCAUUCCAAAAAGCAUUUUUUCAUCAGCUUAAAAACAAAGAAGCUGUCUUUUCCAUAAAAUGGAAAUCUUAUUUGAUACAAGGGUGCUCAAGUCACUAUCAUAGAAAUUACUUGCACUUCAGCUAGCAUUUAUGUUUUGUGUUUGGACCUCCAGCUACCUGAAGAUUGGGAAGCUUUGUUCCCAAGAGACUACUGAAUAAUUGUAAUUUGAAAAGAGAAAAGCUGCUUUCUACAAAUACUGAGGUUUUUUAAACAAGUUUUGUACACUAAGAUGAACUUUGUAAGUUUAUAAAUACUAUUUGAUUAUCUUACAAGACAACACAGCUAGGGUAGAAUAUGCUGCUGCUAUCCUAUUGGACUGUUUUAGUCAGAAUUUUUUUUUCUAAUUACUGGCUUCCAUUUCAGGAUAUUUUGAUACUUUUCCAGCUGAAUGGCCACUGGCCCCCUGUCACUGUUGGGUUUGGUUUGUUUUUUAAGGCCAAAACUCUUAACAUAAAACUUAACUUUCUGAUCAAGUUAUUCUCAUUGAAACCUGCUUAUGCUGCAGUAGGAACAUUCUAGAGGAAGACUCCCUCCUUACAAAAAUAAAUUGAUUUUUAAAAUAUCAGAGCUUUACAAAAACCCAGUGUUGACAGCAUUUAGGGACUUCAUUGUUUUUGAGAGGGGUCAUUUUAGGAUUUAAAUUUCAAACCUCUUUUUAAUGUGAAAAUUUUAAAGGCUAAAAAAACUAGCAAAUGGAAUCCUGGAGUCAUCGAUAUUUUCACAAUGAACUCUUGUGUGUUUUUUUUUAAUGUAGACUUUCAAAGUGAUCCAUUGUACUAUAAUGUGCAUUUUUGUCAGGUUUUUCAACUGUUGAUUAGCACUGAACAAUACAAUGUUCACUAGGGCUUGAGUUAUUUAUGCAUAGUAAGCCUGUGAAUAUUGCCUUUUCUUUUCUUUUUUAGUUAGAAUAUUUGUGUUCAUUCUGAGGUGAAGCUGUUCAGCUUGCUACAUAUGUAUAUACUAUUGAAAGUCUGUACUGGCACACAGUUGACAUUUUUGUACGUUUUUCUAAAUCCAAUAUUUCACAAUAAAAGCUUGUUAAAACGUCA